CAGUUACUGGAAAGCUCAUAAAUAUAUCAUAAAUCUUCUACAAUGGCUAAGGCUUGCAGAGUUAAACAAAGAACUAAAAAUCAUAAAAGGAAAAAAAUAUUUAAUGUAAAAAAGAACUUAGUUGUAAAUAAUGUUGAUAUGGAUGUAAAUAUGGAAUCGAAUAUUGUAGAUAUGAAUAUAAAUGUUAUUACAAGUGUUGAAGAUGUAAAUGUAAAUAUGGAGAAACCAGUUGAUCUUAACUUUAUUAAUUCUAAUGAAAUAUGUGCUUCUGCUAGAAAAAUAAAAAAAAUUUCGUCAUCGCAUCCAAAGGUAUCUAGUAAUAUAGUUACUGGAUACCGUUUUAUAGAUUUAGAAAUACUAAAUUCUAUAGUUUCUACCCUUAGAUGUCCAGAAUGUAUGUCAUCUAAGUUGUUUCUCUCUGAAAAUGAAAACAAGAGAAAAGGUCUAGCGUCUUGUCUUUAUGUUAACUGCUGUGUGUGUGAUUAUUCAAGAGAAUUUUACACCUCAACAUUGAAUAUACAAAAAAGUUUUGAUAUUAAUACCAGGGCUGUAUAUGCUAUGAGAUCAUGUGGUCAAGGCUAUUCUGGAUUCUCAAGAUUUGUCUCAUUAAUGGACAUGCCUAAACCAAUGACUGCUUAUAAUUAUAAUAAAAUUGUUAUAAAACUAACUAAUGCAGUAAAAUCUGUAGCUGAAGAUACUAUGAUGGAUGCUGCUCAAGAGUUAAAAGACUUGAAGAGUAAUUUUAUUUUAAAUUCUAUUCCAGACCAUGUGCUCAAUGUUAUUGAUGUUGCAGUAUCAUGUGAUGGCACUUGGCAGCGACGAGGCUAUUCUUCAAACAAUGGUGUUGUUUCUGUUAUUUCGAUGGAAACAGGCAAAGUAAUAGAUGUUGAAGCUAUGAACAAGGUAUGUAAAGCAUGUUUUCAUAAAGAACAUCUAAAGAAAGGAAACCCAUUAGCCUAUGAAAUAUGGCAUGAUAAACAUAAAUGUACUUUUAAUUACCAAGGACUACCUGGUGGAAUGGAGCCAGAGGGAGCCCGCAGAAUAUGGGGUAGAUCUAUCGAAAAACAUAAUCUACGAUAUACUGAUUUCUAUGGCGAUGGUGAUAGCAAAGGUUAUGAUGAUGUAAAAAAUAUUUAUCAAGGUGUUCUUGUAAAUAAACUUGAAUGUGUUGGCCAUGUGCAAAAAAGAGUUGGAACACGUUUACGUAAUUUAAAAAAAAAAGAAAAAGGUCUUGGUGGUCGUGGAAAAUUGACCGAUGCAACUAUCGAUCGUCUCCAAAAUUAUUAUGGCAUUGCAAUUCGCCAAAACAAAAAUAAUUUAAGUGCUAUGAAAUCUGCUAUAAGAGCUACACUUUAUCAUGUUGCUUCAUCAAAAAAUUUACAUUUUCCUCACUGUCCAGAAGGUUCAAAUAGUUGGUGUCGGUAUAAUCGUGACAAUAGAUAUUGGUAA